UCUUGUAUGGGUUUCACAGGUCCCAAUGCACACCUGACGCAAUGUACAAAGUGCCACCUAUCUCUCUACUGCCCGAAAAAACCAAAGCCUGGUAAAUCUGUUCCUCGACUGACGUUCACGUCAAACCCCAUUGGCCUUAUUCUGCAAGCGUUCACACGCAACCCCACAAUGGCGCAAAAAAUGCGCUAUCGUACCGAUCGCACCAACGAGCUCCGAACAGCAGAUCCAGCAGAGCUCGAGACCUUUGACGACUUCGUCAAAGGUUCUCAGUAUCAACAGCUAGUCGACAUGGACAUCAUCAAAGACGGCAAUCCUGUCUUGAUGUACGCAGCCGACGGUGCCCAGCUUUAUGAGGAUAAACAAUCCAACUGUUGGAUCGUCGCUAUGGUCAUCCUAGACAUAUCACCAUCCGAACGGUAUUAA